CAGAUUUAUGGUUUGACAAUUGUAUACCUUUACUUGGUCUGUGAAUCGUACAUUAUUUUGUGAAGCAAAAGCCAUGGGUAGACCAACAAUUUUACAUAGAAAAAUUCAAGUUUAUUACAUCUGAUAGUGUUAUUUAUCACAGUUUAGCAGUUAAACGUUACAUGUACAACAUUACAGGAGUAAAUGUAUUAAAAUGAGCAUCAAUGCGAUAUAUUUAUACUGUUUACCUUUAUGAUGAUUAUUAUGAAUUCGUCAAUAAAUGAAUAUUAUAUUCAUAAUUGAAAAAUAGUAGGGUUUUAAUAUAAAUGAAUUAUUUAACAUAAAAACAAUGGUUGGAAACGUGUCUGUUGUGACAGACGGUACAAUAAAUGUCCUGGACGAAUCGGGUAAUUUAAUCCCUUCUGCUAGUAAUUUUUGUAAAGAUUACAUAAAAGGAUGUUGUAAUCGCGAAAACUGCAGAUAUAUUCAUGAGAUACCACCGAAAUUAUAUUUAAAGGAACUGUUCAGGUUUUGCCACGAUUUUCAAAAUAAAGGUUGCUUCAGACCAAAUUGCAAAUUUAUUCAUAGUACACUUGAAGAAGAAGAACGUUUUUACCGUUCCGGCAAAUUUCCUCGGCCACAUAUGGCAAUGCCAAUUUGUCAAGCAUACAGACAUGGAAAUUGUUCUAAUAGAGAAUGUAAGUUUAUGCAUGUAGAUCUGACAAAUGAAAACCUUUCCAUUCGAAAUCCACCACCACCAAUAUUUGACCGGCCUUCAAUAAGAGAUGAUGUAUCACCUCCUGAGGCAAAAUUAAGAAGAUAUACUUAUGAAGAGUCUGGAAUUAAUAAUCAAGUGAUACAAGCCACAGCAAAUACUUGCUCAAAUUGUGAAGUUUUAGAUCAUAGGGUAAAAUUAUUGCAUGAUAAUAUCAGUGUGUUGCUUAAGAAAGUGACAGAUUUGACAGAGAAAAAUAUUCAAUUGACCUCUAUGAAUGAGUUUUUGUUAGAGCAGACAGCUUCAGUAAGAACGGAUCAGCCAUGUGUGAUCACUUCAAGACAUGGAACAUCAGCACCUGUGUCCCUUGCAACUGUGAGUGUAACACCAGUUGUAAGUCUUGCUGGGGCUCUUCCAACACUAAUGCCAGCAGCGGCGACACCCAACCUGACAUUAGCCCCUGCUGCCUCACAGGCACAACUUUUAACCCCUGCUCCUCAAAUACUCACUGUAAGCACAACUCAACAAUUGAUGGGCAAUUCUGGAGCUCUAAUAGUGACAAGUGCAGGAGCUCAACAACUAAUGCAAGUCAGUGAUUCUGGUACAUUGAUGGGUGGAGGGCAAACUGUAGUUGCUGUUACACCAGCACAGCUCACACUUGCUCCACCUGCCCAACAAUUAAUGAGCAAUGCUCCACAAACAGCUGUGCAACAUUUGGUUCAGACAUCUGCCCUGCAGUCUCAACUGCCUCAACACCAAGCAUCACAAUUUGCCCAGCAAUCAGUGCAACAUUUAGCUGCAGCACAGCAAUCUGCCCAGCAUGUUGCACAACAAUCUGCCCAGCAUUUGGCACAGCAAUCUGCACAGCACCUGGCAGCACAACAGUCAGCUCAACAACUCGCAGCUGCGGCUCAGCAAUCGGCUCAACAGAUUGUUGCUCAGCAAUCGGCCCAACAGUUAGCAGCACAACAAUCAGCACAACAACUUGCAUCAACUCAACAGUUGGUACAUCAAACAUCUACACAACAAAUUACAAUCUCCAGUACUAGUCAGCCUUUGGCCCUGCCAAAUUCACAAGCGCAGCCCAUCACAUUCCCAAUUAUUUCACAGAGUAUACUGCCUCACUGAUUAUGUGGGCUACAGUUUAGUGAAAAGUUAAGUGAAAAAAUAAAAAACAAUUGGCAUAUUUGUGAUUGCUGGUGCAGGAUUUAAUCUAAACAUUUUGAUUUUAUGUUUUGAAGACUGCUGAGAUAGGGACAAGAGACAAUCUGGGUGAGCUGUAUGUGAUAGUAUAUGUUGUGUUUAUUAUAUAAAAAAAAACUUUUAAUCUAAGUUGAUUUUUAAAAAAUGUAAUCCUAUUAUUACCAAAAAUUUCAAUGACUAUAGUUGGUAGUGAAGUGAGAUUAAGGGAAAAUAAAGAUGGACAAUGAAUUUAA